CCAGUCCUGCCUUUGGGAGUAUGAGCAUCAUUGGCUCUGGACUCUUGUUUAAAAGCACUUUGUAAAAUAAGAUAUUGUUGCACAAAGCCUGUUUCUUGAUUAGAACUGUUAAUGGAAUAAGUAAUACCGAUUGUAAAGGGUUGUAAUGAUGGUUAUAUAGAGCUUUCAUCCCAAAGGAUCCCAAAAUGCCUUACAAGCUAUAUACAGCCACAUAUGCUUCAAACUAUGAGCAUCUCAUGACAUUUGGGUAUCUUGUUAGUUUCCUGAAUUGACUUUUGGGUAUAUUGCUAGUAACUCUUUUUUGUGAGCACACGAUGGCACCGUUGAAACCAGGUAGUUUUCAGGCCUAACAGUUUGCUCCAUGAAUUUGUUCAGAGCUGAGGGGAAACAUGCGUGUGUCCUGUGUGUUGAUGCUGCAUGCCUAGUGGGAGUGUCAUAACAAAUGGUUGAGGGAAUGGCAGAAGGAGGGGACGCCGGUGCUCCGCCCAUCCAUCUGUGGGUGCGACGGGUAGGCGUCUACUGUGAUGAACGCCGUAAAACAUGGCUCGUGGCUGUGGAAGAGGAGGCAGGUACCCUGAGGGCCCGGAUUCAACGAGUUCGGGUCCCCCUGGGUGAGGCACUGCGACCCAGCCAACUUCCCCCAUCACAACUGCCUCACAUGUGGCAGCUUUCCGAGGGCGAGCAGUACAGGGAUAGUAACUCUCGCAUUUGGGAGAUACAGCACCAUCUAAUGAUCAGGGGAGUUGAGGAGCUGCUGCUUAGACUCAUGCCUGGUGAUUAACUUGGAGCGGUGCCUCUAGGAAGAUGUCCCUGUUUGUUUUGUACAAUAUAUGAUUCUCUCACCUCAGAGGUGGGAGGUGGCAGCUGUUUA